GACAGUGGGUGGGUAAAAGGCCCUAAACAACAGCUCUUAUUCUGGGUACCACCUGCUUCUCGCGCCCGAUUUUAUUUUCCUCGGACUGUGUUAGUGAUACCUAGAGGUCCAGAGCUUGAUUUGAGCUGCAUGUCGCAUGGUCGACAUUGGCAAAAGUGCCACGAU